AUGUCCAAACCCAUAAUCACCGCGCUGUCAAACGACAUCUUGGACCAAAUCUUCGAGGAUGUAGAUCAAAAAGAUCUGCUGAGUCUGAUCAAGACGCACCGAGUCUUCCACAAAUCCGCCCAACGCCUCUUAUUCCAGUCGAUUGACCUCCCUGUACAAUCGACCCUGGCCCCUCCAUUCGUUCAAGGCGGGCAUGCUGCGGAAGUCAGCCACCUACCGACACCCCAGGAUCGUACAGAUCCGGAUGAAGAGCCGCUGCGGUAUCGACGGGAACCCAAGCCAUUACUACCUCCGGUCUUCCUGCCACUAGAAGACUAUCAGAUCCCAAUAGAGUACAGGGAGCACGAGGCUUACGGUAAUGUCGCGGCUCGGCAGCAGAAGAUUGCCUUGUUUCUCCAGGCCAUCGAGAAGGCGCCAGAACUGGCAGAACAUGUACGCCACGUCCGGAUAGACGCCGAGUGGGGCCUACCGCUUUUCGUCCACGAGCAAGCCACCACCAUCUUCGAUAAACUACCAAACGUGCGAAGCAUCGAGGUAACGGUCAAAGACCGGUUGAAGGGUUCGAGAUGGAAUGCUUACCAGAACAUAUGCAUGAAGCAACUCUGGUCCGUACUCGAAGAUGAACCCAUCGAGACCGUCACUUUGAAGACACCGACGUUGAGGAUCCUCCGUGAACUCAUCCAGAUCCCUACUCUGAAAGACUUUUCGAUUGACACCCCGGCGUCCUGGCAUGAAAGCCCCGAGUCCGAUAUCAAGCCAACCCGCAUUGUCCACAACUGGUUCGAGCGCGAGCGCGAAUAUGGUUCCAUCCCUAACCUCACACACUUCAACACCGGGACUUUCCAAAUCAGCCCUCUUGCUCUGGGCAAACUGCUACGCCAAACUGAGAAGAUGGAGUCACUGGACCUAACCCUCAACUGCCUGUACGCCUGGCAAAGGGACAUCAUACCCCCAUGGCUUCGUCCCACACCCCCUACACCCCAGACCAUCAUCGACGUCCUAAACGCAUUCCCAUCCCUCCCCUCAACCCUCCUCGAACUCUCCCUCCUCGAACCCCCCUCCGCAAACUUCAAAGACCACCCCUACCCGCCCUUCACCCCCUCCUUCACCUUCCUCAAAAACCUCCAGAUCCUCCGCGUGACCUCAUCCCUCCUCUACACCUCCCUCAUCGACCUCCCCAACUCCGCAAAGAAAACAUGGAUCUGGCAGAAACAGGACCGUUGCGCCGCAUCCGCAUACACCCACAUUCCCCCCUCUGUCCGCGAGUUGGAAAUCCAGUUUCCGAUGCCCGCAGAGGCGGUUUUUGCGACGGGCGAGGCGCGGGCGCAGUUUAGGCGGUUGCCGCAGGCGCUGCCGAUUAAGGGGUUGAAUUGGAUAAGCCAGUUUGCGGAGAUGAAAUUAGCGGGUAGAGGGUUUUUGACGGAGCUCAUGUGUUUGAGGCUGACGGAGGUGGUGGGUGUUGGGGGUACAGGGAAGAUUUCUGGGGCGUUUGAGGCGUAUAGGCCACCGAGGGUUGUUAGUGGGACUUUUGCUGAGGCGGGGAUUGAGCUUGUUAUUAAGCUGGCGAAAGUAUAG